UUUUGUACGGUUCCAGAGUACGGAAUCGUGUUGUUUUGAUGAUAGUGUUGUGCGUGUUGUGAGCAGAAAAACGGGUGGAAUGGUAUAACUAAUUGAAAAUUUACGAUAAAUAUCUGAUCUCCAAUAAGUUCAAUAUACAUACUGGAGAAAGGCAAUACCAUAUUUUGCACAACUCAUUCGUCAUCAGUUCUAUAUUACGAAAGCGCGCAGCUUACAAACAGUCGAUCGGCAGCUACCAAUUGGUGUGGACGUAAGAUUCGUCCGGUGGUUCUCCGUCCCGUGUAAUUAUCCAGUACAAAAAAGGUCCUACACUAUGGCUUCAAAACUAAAAAAGGAAAAAAUCGCCAUCAUCGGCAGCGGACUGAUCGGUCGAUCAUGGGCUAUGCUGUUUGCUGGCGUUGGAUACCAAGUCACCAUUUUCGACAUAAUCCCAGAAGUGGUGGAGAAAGCCCUCCAGCAAACGCAACAGGAGCUGAACAACCUUGAGAAGAAUGGAUUGCUGCGUGGGUCACUGACUGCAACCGAACAGUUUUCGUGCAUCCGGGGAUCACAUCAACUGAAAGAGGCAGUCGAUGGGGCUUUGCUACUACAGGAAUGCGUACCGGAGAACUUGGAGCUGAAGAAAAAACUGUAUAAAGAUCUAGACGCUGUGGUUGGAUCGAACACGAUCAUUUCUAGCUCCACCAGUACGUUUAUUCCAUCCCUCUUCAGUAAGGAUAUGAAGCAUAAGGAUCAGGUUUUGGUAUCCCACCCCGUGAAUCCACCCUAUUACGUUCCACUGGUGGAAAUAGUACCUGCCCCUUGGACAAGACCAGAGUUCGUUGGAAAAACACGUGAACUUAUGACGGAAAUUGGUCAAAAGCCAGUGACUCUUUCACGAGAGAUCGAAGGAUUUGCCCUUAAUCGUAUUCAGUACGCUAUCCUGAACGAAACCUGGCGCCUGGUAGCGGAUGGAAUCCUGAACGUGCAAGACAUUGAUAGUGUGAUGUCAGAUGGAUUAGGAAUGCGAUACGCAUUUUUGGGUCCACUGGAGACGGCCCAUUUGAAUGCCGAAGGCAUGCUGAGCUACUGUGAUCGAUACAGCAAAACAAUCUUCGCAGUGAGUGAAACCAUGGGUCCAACACCCAAAAUGGAGGGCAAGGUAGCUCAACAGGUGGCAAAAGAACUGGAGGAAAUGGUUCCCCUGGAUAAGCUGCCAGAGCGACGAGCCUGGCGAGAUGCAUGUCUCACCAAAUUGGCACAACUGAAGAAAGCACAUCGAAGCAUGAAGUUGAACGAAAACCUGCAAAUCGUCGGAACCAAUGUAGUUCUGGUGCCAUACGAAAGAAAGCACGUCGAAAAAUACCACCAGUGGAUGAAAAGCGAGGAACUGCAACAAUUGACGGCCUCAGAACCUCUGUCACUGGAUGAGGAAUAUGAAAUGCAAAAAUCCUGGCGGGAUGAUGAGGACAAAUGUACCUUCUUGAUCCUCGACAAAACCAAGUUUGACCAUACUGGCGAUGAAAUCCAGGCUCUCAUUGGUGAUACCAACAUUUUUAUACUAGACGGUGAUGGAGAAGAUAAUGUAAAAACAGGGGAGAUUGAAAUCAUGAUAGCCGAACAACCAGCCCGGGGAAAGCGUUACGGUUGGGAAUCCACCCUGUUGAUGCUCCUAUUCGGGGUCACUUACCUGCACAUCUGUAGGUACAGAGCGAUAACGAAAGAUACAAACACCAGGGCGAUGCAGAUGUUCGAAAAGAUGGGCUUUAGAAAAAUCAAACGGGUGGCAGUUUUCCAAGAGGUCACGUUCGAACGACCGGUGGACGAAGCAUGGAUCGAAUGGGUGAAAAAGGAAGUUUCUCAGCAAAUCAAGCCAUAUCGGCGCUAGCAGAAUUUAGUUGAAGGAUUACUCUUAUGUUUAAAUCGUUUCUAGUCUUCAUAAUUUC